AUCUCCCGGCCAUGAGCGCUAAAAUUUGUUAUUUUUUCCCUCGUUGGUUUUCGCUUUGCUGCUCUGUUUCAACGUCAGAGCUUUUCGGCUGUGGCGCUGCCGUGCGUCUCUUUUGCUGGCUAAGGUGUCAUCAUAGUUUCUCACAGUUUUCUCAACCAAACCUGUCGUCUCUAGGGUUUCUAUUCUUCUUCUUCUUCGUUGUUCGUAGGGGUUCCACUAAUCAUUCUCGCGUUCUACUCGUUUUUUUUUUGUCUUCCGGUGCCAUUCUGGUUCUUGAAAGUUCUUCAACAACAUGAAGAAGAAGCUCGAUACCCGUUUUCCAGCAGCUCGGAUUAAGAAGAUUAUGCAGGCUGAUGAAGAUGUAGGGAAGAUAGCUAUGGCAGUCCCACUUUUAGUCUCAAAGGCACUGGAACUAUUUUUACAAAAUUUAUGUGACAGAACGUAUGAGAUUACUCUGAAGAGAGGGGCUAGGACAAUGAACUCUUUGCACUUAAAGCAAUGUAUACAGACGUUUAAUGUUUUUGAUUUCUUGAGGGAUGUUGUGGGCAAGGUCCCUGAUUCAGGUGGCUCUGAUGCUGCGGAGGACCGGCAUAUUUCCAAAAGAAGGAAAGUUGCAGAUGAAGAUGUUGGCAACGAUAGUGAUGAAGAAUCCAAAAGGAGUAAGGUGACAGAAGCAGGGCAUUGCAUUAGUGGCCGAGGAAAGGGUAGGGGCAGAGGUAGAGGUCGUGGGCGUAGUAGUAGACACUUGGAGAAGGAUACAGCCAUACAUUAUAAUAACUUUGAGGAUGAUUUGGAAAUCCCUAAUCAUCCCGAUGAUGACCUCCACAAAACUGAGCCUGACAAUGGUGUAGCAGAAGCUCGAGUAGAGAACGAUAAUACUCUGGUUGACAAAGCUUUAGAACCAUCGGUUCGAAACUUUGACUUGAACGUAAACUUGGACGAAGAUGGUGAUUCAACUUCAGUUCCAGUGGUCGCUUCUACAGGUUCACCAGUAAAGCCCCCAACUGACUCAAAACAUGAUGAAUACCCUGGUUGGUCAGUGGCUGAAAUGGAAAAGAUGGCUAUUGAUCCAAUUCAACUAGCGAAUAUGAAUGAGACUAUAGACGAUGAGGAAGAUUAUGACGAAGAUGGUUAGUCUAGGAACCUCUUCUUCCACCAUCUGGCUGCUAACUAUCUAUAGAUCAGCAAAUUGACUUUACCCCCUAGUGAAGUAGAUGAAGUAGAUGGAAGACAGUGUUACAGAUAGAAAAUGUAUAGUUAGGGAGUAAAAUAUUUAGUUGAUUGUAUUUUUUUGGAUUCAAAAUCUUGUAGGAUCUUCUGGAGUCGUUGUACAUGGUCAGUGUGCAUGUUGGCUGUGCCAAUCAUCAAUACAAUCUGAAUAUUACUUGUUUUGAUGGAUUUUUUACCUACUUAUGUAUAGUCGGUUGAUUUUUUA